AUGGGACGAAGAGAGUAUUACUUAUUAACUUUUUUUUUUCUUUCAGUAAUUAAUUGUACAUUUUUCUGCAGAUUUUUUCCAAGCAAAUACAAUAGAGACAUAAAAUCUCUAAACGAGGAAGUGGAAAGAUUACUAAUGGAGAUCAUAAAAAGUCGAAAAUAUUGCAUAGAAAUCGGUCGAGUGAGUUCAUAUGGAAAUGAUUUACUUGGGAUGUUGCUAAAUGAAAUGCAAAAAAGGAAAUCAAGCACUGGAUUUAGCAUAAACCUACAAUUAAUCAUGGAUGAAUGCAAAACAUUCUUUUUUGCUGGACAUGAAACUACAGCUUUAUUACUCACUUGGACAGUUAUGCUACUUGCUAGCAAUACUUCUUGGCAAGAAAAAGUUCGUGCUGAGGUGAACCAGGUCAGCAAUGAUGGUUCACCCUCUGUUGAUCACCUCUUAAAGCUCCCUUUGUUGAACAUGGUGAUAAAUGAAUCACUCCGUCUAUAUCCACCAGCAACCGUUAUGCCUCGAAUGGCAUUUGACGACAUCAAACUCGGGGAUCUUCACAUCCCGAAGGGACUUUCAAUUUGGAUUCCAGUUCUUGCCAUACAUCACAGUGAAGAAAUAUGGGGCAAAGAUGUAAAUGAAUUCAACCCUGAUCGUUUUGCAUCAAAGUCAUUUGCCCCUGGACGCCAUUUCAUCCCAUUUGCUACUGGUCCAAGAAAUUGUAUAGGCCAAUCCUUUGCCCUAAUGGAAGCCAAGAUUAUAUUAGCCAUGUUAAUAUCAAAAUUCUCCUUUACUAUUUCAGAUAAUUACCACCAUGCCCCCGUUAGUGUUCUUACGAUAAAACCCAAGUAUGGAGUUCAAAUAUGCUUGAAUCCCUUGAAUCCAUAAACAAUUUGGGUUUGAGAUCAAAUUUUGUUAAUUUUCUUGGUUUUUGAUACAUGAGAUUAAGAUUUCAAGAGA